UGUGUGCGCGCGCGUGUGUGUGUGUGUGUGUGUGUGUGUGUGCGGGGGCUCGUGCUCGCCUCCGUUACUACGGAGUCACGCUUAUACAGGAGAGGUCUUGUCCGCGAUAUCCCGCGGGUGAUCAUCAGCAGGUGCUCGUUCGACGACUCCGUUCGACGCGACAGUAAUCGGGACGUUCUCGCCCGCUUGGCGGGAUAUUAAGACCGCGCGUUCCGUGAUAUUCCGCGAGAGUCUCGAGCGGAGAACAUGGCACAGCCGACGAGUAGCGCGUUACGGGCGCUCGCCCUCGAAUACAAGAGUCUGCAGGAGGAGCCCGUCGAGGGCUUUCGCGUCAAGCUGGUUAACGAGGACAACAUGUUCGAGUGGGAAGUCGCGAUCUUCGGUCCGCCCGACACUCUUUACCAGGGAGGAUAUUUCAAGGCACACAUGAAGUUCCCGCCGGAUUAUCCGUACAGUCCACCGAGCAUUCGUUUCAUGACAAAAGUUUGGCACCCGAAUGUAUAUGAGAACGGUGAUCUGUGCAUAUCAAUCCUGCAUCCACCCGUAGAUGAUCCACAAAGCGGCGAGCUGCCUUGCGAGAGGUGGAAUCCGACGCAAAAUGUCAGAACUAUCCUGCUCUCGGUGAUCUCGUUGUUGAACGAACCCAACACAUAUAGUCCUGCCAACGUGGACGCAUCCGUCAUGUAUAGACGUUGGCGUGAUUCCAAAGGGAGAGACAAAGAAUAUGAAAAUAUCAUAAGGAAACAAGCCCAAGCUGCCAAAAUGGAAGCCGAAAAGGAAGGUAUCGUCGUGCCCGUAACUCUGGAAGAUUACUGCAUAAAGACUCGAGCGAGGCCAGCCGAACAACAGCUAGACAUGACAGAUUUCUACGAUGACGAAUAUGAGCUAGAUGACGAUGAGGACGAGCAGCUAAGCGCGACCGAUUAUGAGGACGGCGACGAUAGUGGCAACGGAGAAUCGUGAUCCAUUUCUUAAAUAAUAUUAAUACAACAAAAAAACCGAACCGCUAAUUAUUAUAUAUAUAUAUAUAUCAGUUCUGUAUAGAUUAAUAAAUUAACGAGCUUCUAAACCGGAUGAUCUCUCGCUCUAUUUCUCUUUUCAGGACGCGCUACAAAAAUUCAAGUAAGCAUUCUCUUGGCAUAAGAGAAUCAAACACUCCAAAAACGAUUUAAGUAAAAAAUUAUAUAUGUCUCUCUUUAAACCAUCGUCAAUUAUUAUAUGUUUCUUUGAAACAAGUCGACUUUGUUACAGUUUAUCAUAAUCAUAAGUUUUUGUUUGUGUACAAAAAACAGAAAAGUGAGGUAGUCACAUAAGUCUAUGUACUAUAUGCUUUCACAUUUUUUAAGUUUUAUUAUACAGAGUAAUAUGGGCUGUCUGUUUGUCGAUGGUUUGUGAAAGACAAUAUUUCUUAAUCCUCGUACUGCCAAAAUAUUUAUCAGACUUAUAGCACAUUCGAUCACUUAUAUGAUAAGUUUUUAUUUAUGUUUUUAUUAUGAUAUGUUUAAAAAAUUCAAAUUAUUUGCUUUGUACAUAUAUGUAUAAUUAUGCAUACAGUAUACGUAUUAUACAUUAUAAAUGUCAUAAACGGCCCCCUUCCUUCCUUGAAGAAGGGAAAGACGUGAAAAUGAAAAAAUGAAUAGAAUAAUCACAGGUAAAAAAUAGCCCUAUUUUCGCUGAGCGAGGAUUAAGAGAAAAAUUAGAGUGUUACUAAUUGUUGUACGAAAUUAGAGAAUCCCGUGUUUACAAGCUCUUUAACUUAAGCAAUAUGUGCUACAGUAUGGAUAUAAGUACUAUGAAUAUAUAGGAGCACUUUGCUUGUUGUGUUGUGGCUGGCACUUGAAUCUUUCAAAUAGAAAAUGGGCCAAUUGAUUUACCUUGCAAUGAAAAACAUUCGAUAAUAAAAAUGAUCAUAUGUAAGUACUAUAAGUACACAUUCGACUUUAUAUUGGGAAUCUAGUUUCACGCCAUGUUCAAAGUUGUAAAUGGUGCAUCAAUUGAUCCUAAUCGUAAUGCUUGUAUCUAAAAUUUGCGUUUUUUUUUGGGAUAAUUAUUUAUGUUAUAACACAAACUUGUCGAGAGAGAAGAAUCCAAUAUAGGAAUAAGAAAAAAAAAUAAGCUGCCGAAGAAGAGACCUGUUAAAAGUUAUUAAUAAUAAAUUUCGCUUCUCUCUCAUAUUCUCUAGGAGAUCUACAUUAUUAAUAUUAUUGAUAUUAUUAUAAUUAUUUGUAUAUGAACGUACAUACAUAUAUCAAGCGACGAUGUAAUCGAUUCGAUAUUUUUGCCUUACAGAUUUGGCUGCAAUUACAAAGCGAAAUUAACAACAAUUAUAUUAAUUAUCUUUUCGUGAGUUGUUGAAUGACAAACCUAACCGCAAUGUUAAGAACGGAUAACUCUCUUUUAUUAAAAAUAUUUUAAUUUUAAUUGUGAACAACACUUUAAGUGUCUUGAGAAACAUAACUUCUGAUAGAACUUAUACGCGCAUAAUGUUACAGCCACAAAGUUACUUUAGCUCAUGAUUUUUUCUAUAGGUUCUCUUGUUAUUAAAUAUGAUUUUUUUCACAAAAUAAAGCUUUCCAAAUGAACUGGGUUAAACAUAAGCUUAUCACUUAAGUAAGAAAGAUAUAUCGGAUACAGCUAAUCGACUCUGUGGUAGUGUAUCUGUGCUCGUAUGACUGAUAUUGUAAAUAGUAUAUGAAACUCAAUUUUAAAGACACAAAAUAUAUAAGUGGUACUCUUUUACUUAUUUCUUUAUUAGCGAUUUAUUUCAUUGAAAGUCCAAGAGGUGGGAUGUUGAAAGUGUUUAAACGAUAAAAUAAAGACAAAAGGAUAUUUAAAUU